AUCAUCGAUUUUGCGGCACGCCAAAAUUAAUUUUCUCUUUGCUUAUCGCCGGUCCACUUCGCCCAAAAAUUCCGCGGCGGUUCGACAAUCACAAUAAUGCCGGCGAUAAAGAAGAGAAAGGUCGCCCAUGAGGGCUCAGCGUCUUCAGCGUCCUCUGAAGCUGGCGAUAUAGAGUCAUCAAGGCCUUCUAGCCCUGUCGAAAAUGAUACGAAUCGCGAUCCGGAGCACGACCAGGAUGAGGGAGCUACCCCCGCAAAGACCGCUCCUAAGACUUUCAGAGAUUUAGGAGUCAUCGAACCUCUCUGUGAAGCUUGCGAUGCCCUGGGAUACAAGGCGCCUACUGCUAUUCAGGCUGAGGCUAUUCCACUAGCCUUGCAAGGCCGCGACUUGAUCGGUCUGGCGGAGACUGGAUCAGGAAAGACAGCAGCAUUUGCUCUCCCCAUUCUUCAGGCCUUAAUGGAAAAGCCGCAGUCGCUAUUCGGCCUGGUACUGGCCCCGACCCGAGAAUUGGCGUAUCAGAUCUCGCAAUCCUUUGAAGCUCUGGGUUCGACGAUAGCGGUUCGAUCCGCAGUCAUUGUCGGAGGAAUGGAUAUGGUGCCGCAGGCUAUCGCACUCGGAAAGAAACCUCAUAUCAUCGUUGCGACUCCAGGUCGUCUGAUGGACCACCUGGAGAACACCAAGGGUUUCUCGCUACGGGGUCUGAAAUACCUCGUUAUGGAUGAGGCCGAUCGGCUCCUGGACAUGGACUUCGGUCCCAUCCUCGAUAAGAUCCUCAAGGCCCUUCCUAGAGAGCGACGUACCUAUCUGUUCUCCGCGACAAUGAGCAGCAAGGUUGAGUCUUUGCAGCGUGCUUCGCUCCAGAACCCGCUCCGAGUGUCUAUAUCCUCGAAUAAGUACCAGACAGUCUCGACCCUUCUCCAGUCUUUCUUGUUCCGCCCACACAAACACAAGGAUAUCUAUCUUGUAUAUCUCCUGAACGAAUUCGCCGGUCAGUCCGCCAUCAUUUUCACGCGCACGGUCAACGAGACACAACGUAUCGCUAUCCUCCUUCGCGCACUAGGAUUCGGUGCCAUCCCGCUUCACGGACAACUCUCUCAGUCCGCCCGUCUGGGAGCACUGGGCAAGUUCCGUUCUCGCAGCAGAGAUAUUCUCGUUGCGACCGAUGUUGCGGCCCGUGGUCUGGAUAUUCCCUCCGUCGAUGUCGUCCUGAACUAUGAUCUUCCACCGGACAGCAAGACGUACAUUCACCGAGUUGGUCGAACAGCACGUGCCGGAAAAUCUGGACAUGCCAUUAGUUUGGUAACACAGUACGACAUCGAGCUCUGGCUACGUAUCGAGAAAGCUCUGGGCAAGAAGCUAUCAGAGUACGAGGCCGAAAAGGAUGAGGUCAUGGUUCUGGCAGACCGAGUGGCGGAAGCGCAGCGACAGGCUAUCACAGAGAUGAAGGAUCUACACGAGAAGAGAGGCACAAGAGGAGCAACAUUGAAGGGCAGAAGAUUUAAACGUUCUCGUGACGAGAUGGAUAAGGAGGAAGGCUAAAAAGGUUGCCGCUGAAAAAGUGAUUCUUACGAUAUGUAUGGCGUUUAUUAUUUCGUACGACUGUAAUAAGGAUUCUACCUGAAAAUACCCUUCUAUUGCUAGCAUGGGGUAUUUUAUUCCUACCAAUUCGACUUCAGACAUAGUCAAGCAUGAUCUACUUUCAAUCUGCACGCAUCAUACUGAGCAAGCCACCCAGCACUAACUUAUUGAUCACGGAACAUAAACAACUAGGAGUCGUUUCCAAGAAGGCUCAUCAAAAUGUGUACCUUUUUCUACUAUUGAAUUCCCGGGGUGGAAUGACCUGUUUGUUAAUAAUCCCCGCUUGUAUUUACGGCGCCUGAGCAUG